AUGACUGCAGCAGCAACAACCGCACCGCAGCAACAACCGGAACUGGGGCCACGACUGCAGCAGCAACAACAGCAGCCGGUGCCACGACUGCAGCAGCAACAACCGCAGCCGGUGCCACAACAGCCGCAGCAACAACCGCAGCAGGGGCCACGACUGCAGCAGCAACAACCGCAGCCGGUGCCACUACAGUCGCAGCAACAACCGCAGCAGGGGCCACGACUGCAGCAGCAACAACCGCAGCCGGUGCCACUACAGCCGCAGCAACACCAGCAGCUGGUGCCACUACAGCCGCAGCAACAACCGCAGCCGGGGCCACGACUGCAGCAGCAACAACCGCAGCCGGUACCACGACUGCAGCAGCAACAACCACAGCCGGUGCCACUACAGCCGCAGCAACAACAGCAGCCGGUGCCACUACAGCCGCAGCAACAACCGCAGCCGGGGCCACAACUGCAGCAGCAACAACCGCAGCCGGUACCACGACUGCAGCAGCAACAACCGCAGCCGGUGCCACUACAGCCGCAGCAACAACAGCAGCCGGGGCCACAACUGCAGCUGAUGCCACUACAGCCACAGCAGCAACAGCAGGCAGUGCCACGACCACAGCGGCAACAACUGCAGCCGGAGCCACAACUGCAGCUGGAGCCACAACUGCAGCUGGUGCCACAACCGCUGCAGCAACAACAGCAGCUGGUGCAACAACUGCCGCGGCAACAACUGCAGGUGCAACAACAGCAUCCGGUGCCACAACCGCAGCGGCAACAACAGCAGCUGGUGCCACGACUGCAGCAGCAACAACCGCAGCCGGUGCCACAACAGCCGCAGCAACAACCGCAGCAGGGGCCACGACUGCAGCAGCAACAACCGCAGCCGGUGCCACUACAGCCGCAGCAACAACCGCAGCCGGUGCCACUACAGCCGCAGCAACAACAGCAGCCGGUGCCACUACAGCCACAGCAACAACCGCAGCUGGGGCCACAACUGCAGCAGCAACAACCGCAGCCGGUGCAACAACCGCAGCCAGGGCCACAACCGCAGGUGCAACAACAGCAGCCGGGGCCACAACUGCAGCCGGUGCCACAACCGCCACAGCGACAACAGCAGCUGGAGCCACAACUGCAGCUGGUGCCACAACCACAGCAGCAACAACUGCAGCCGGGGCCACAACCACAGCGGUAACAACUGCAGCUGGGGCCACAACUGCAGCUGGUGCCACAACCACAGCGGCAACAACUGCAGCC